UGACCCAAACGAGAUCCUCGAACCUUCAGACAUGGACAGCGGGCCAACAAAGCGAUUGUCCUUCAACAGUGACAGUGACCCAAACGACACAUUCGAACUUCCAGAACUGGACAGCGGGCCAACAAAGGGAUUGUCCUUCAACAGUGACAGGGACCCCAAAGACCGCAUUAAACUUCAAUACCUUGCCAACAGGCCAACAAAGAUAUCGUCCUUCAACAGUGACAGUGACCCAAACGACACAUUCGAACUUCCAGAACUGGACAGCGGGCCAACAAAGGGAUUGUCCUUCAACAGUGACAGGGACCCCAAAGACCGCAUUAAACUUCAAUACCUUGCCAACAGGCCAACAAAGAUAUCGUCCUUCAACAGUGACAGUGACCCAAACGACACAUUCGAACUUCCAGAACUGGACAGCGGGCCAACGAAGGGAUUGUCCUUCAACAGGUCCACAGACUUUGAAUUUGUCCAGAAGAAUACAACUGCUUCGGCUGCUGCAGGUACAAAAACUACAACUAGUUUGGCUGCGGCAGGUACGAGUUCGCCUGGCAUCAAGUAUUAUGAUGGAGAUAAAACCAUGCCAAUUGUCUCAGAAGUAAAAACUGGUCUAACUGCCAAAGAACUCUUUUGCCUUCUUCUACAUGAUCCAUUGGAUGGUAUUGUUAGUGUAAAAAAACCGAUUGGAGUUAGAAAGAAUGCUGUGUUCUUGAUAGAUCUGCAGUCUGUCAAAUAUAAAUCGUUAUUUGCUGAUGAUAAUGGGGCUUGGCUAACCAGCAUGCCAAGGAGAAAAUUCUGGGUGGAUGUCAGCGAUGGAGAAGUAGGUGUCUCUUCCUCGGCAGCAGCAGAUGUUCGUGGUAAGAGACAGUACACACUAUUGCGCCAGUAUGGCAUUCACAAGGGCACAAAAGAGAAGUUGGGUCGAAGAUUCUCUCGGAUAAUUACUACUCUUUUAGACGAUAAUAACAAUGCGGGCAGAUAUGCAGUCGUGCAGUACUUUCAUGAAGGCGACAGCAGUGAAGUGUACCUACCAUGCCAUGGUAACGCUGUGAAGGUGAAGGGUGCAUAUCACCGAACUGAUCCAACUACGAUUGAGUCCAUUAAUGCGAAAGUGCAGAAAGGAACGGAGGCCAGGAGUAAGUCCAAGAAUAUUUACCAUGAGGUGUAUACUGAGUGUGGGGGUGAUAACAGUCGUAGUGUUUCUGAGGAGCCAAGGAAUACCACCCAGAUAUACAAUGCCAGCAGGUUCAAGCAGAAUCAUGUUAAGGAUGGGUUGACUGUUCUCAUUGACAGUCUGAAGAGCCAACAAACUGGUGAAUUUUUACACGAACUGACAUUGGGCCACAUUCAGACUGAACAAACAAAAACAGGUUUUGAGCCAACUUUGCAAUAUAUGUUGGCCACAAGAGAGCAGCUGCGUGAUGCAGAAAAAUUCCUGACUCAUCCAGAGGAGUUUUCUGUAUUUGGCAUCGACCCAACAUUUGAGUUGGGAAAUUUCUAUGUGACAGUGACGACUUUGCAACAUCCAGUGCUGGUUUCUGCUAAAACAGGAACGCAUCCAUUUUUCGUGGGGCCGUCAUUUGUCCACCAUAAACGCGAAAUGGACAACUAUUACUAUUUCAUGACAUGCCUACAGCGACUUAAUCCUGCCCUUCGCCAUAUACAGGCAUUUGGAACAGAUGGUGAGGUGGCCCUCCUGAAUGCCAUUGUUGCUGCAUUCCCAGAUUCCAUUAAUCUCCUCUGUUGGAUUCACAAAAAGGCCAAUAUAGAAAGAUACAUGGCGACAAAACUGUAUGUCUCCGCAUUAGUGAAGAAGGUGCUGCUAAGGGAUAUAUUUGGCUUCCAGGAGGGAACAGUCCUAAUUAAGGGUCUAGUUGAUGCUCAUGACAGUGAAGAUUUCGAUGUGAGACUAGGACAGCUUGAAGACAAAUGGCAGGCGAUUGCCCCAGGUUUUUACCGUUGGUUCAGUAAGCAUCAGGCGGAGAGCUUCAAGGCCCGAAUGAUAGAGUGUGUACGCAAAGCUGCCCAUUGGCAAGGACGCCGUUUCACAACGAAUGGAAAUGAGAGUCUCAACAACUCCCUCAAACAGUGGGUAGGACACAAGAAAAACUCUCUCCCAGAUUUUAAUGAAAAACUCCAUCAGUUCGUGAUCUGCCAGUACAAUGAGGCUAAGAAAGCUGUCCGAGGCUGCGGGGAGUACAGACUUGCUCCAAAGUUUCAACAUUUGGAGGUCGAUCCAGUUGAGUGGAAAAAGAUGACGGAAGAAGAACGGACCACUCUCCUACAAAAAGUCUUUGGGAAGGGAACUGUUGAUGCUGAUGCUGAUGAAAUUCAAAGCCAGGAUCCUUGCCUCUCUGUUCACUACAAGGAUGCAGAUCUGUUGACACUACCUGAUGAGAUGCUGAAGUCAAUGUGGAAAAAAGCAGCAGGCAUUGUCAAAAAUGAGUCAUCUGACAUAACAAGUGCUCCAGGUGUCACCUAUGCAAGGAUGGUUCGAAGUGACUCUUCAAAAGCUCCACAUUUUGUUGAGUUUUCAGCUGCAUCCGGCCGGAUAGCGUGCGAUGACAAGUGCUGCCAAUACAAAUCGAUGAACGUGUGCGCCCAUUCCUUGGCUGUAGGGGAAGUGGUGGGUAUGUUGCCACAAUUCCUUCAGUGGCGAAGCAAGAGAAAAGGUGGAGCCAAUUUAUCGGCAAUGUUGAACACUAACGUUACCAAGGGGGCAGGGAAAAAAUCGGGAAAGCCAUCUCGGCGUGCUGGGAACUUCCGUGCACCUCCAUUGACACCAGAGAGGAUUGUAGACCCAGCCCACAGUUUCAACAGUGAAAUCCCAUCAGAGCAAGCAGAUGGGUUUCACGUAUUGCUGCAUUCCCAAACAAAAGCACGCAUUUGUUAUGGUUGCCAGCAACCUCUGGAUGCUGGUUGCAAGAUGACAAUAGUCCGCCCAGAUGAUGCCAACUACGUUGCUGUGGACAGACAGCAGUACGUUGUGCGAACGCAUGGACCAAGGGAAUUUUAUGUGAAAGAAAAUGGUCAGAAUGUGAAAAAAACAAAAAAGCAGAACAUUUUCUUUCACUUCAGGCUAGCAUGUGUAAAGACAAAAUAUCCCGAUAUUAAACCUGUGGACCUUGUGAUUGAAAAGAACACGUUGCCAUUGCUAAGUGGAGAAGCACGAGAGCAGUUGACAAGUCUUGGGGUUAAGGAAACACAAUGAUUUCUGAGUUGAGAUUGAACGUGAAAUUCCCCAUUGUUAGUUCGAAGAGAAAACCCUUUUUCUGUUAUUAGGCUGGACCAGAUGUAUUGUUUGUUUGCCGUAACCCGACCGACCCCAAAAGUUCUUAUUGGAGUUUUUCUUUCAUUUUCACCUACAAAAUCACUGAGAAUUAUCAAAACUAUUUGCCUACCUACGAGCUAGUACCUUGCCUGUGUGAAGACAUGUACCUUGGGUAGGGUUACUGCAAACAGACAAUUAGUUUGGGCCGGCCUAAUUGAGGUUAUGCUUCUUUCCUGGUCUUUUUCGACUCAAAAUACUUGUGGCCCAGUGGAGUAUCUCGGGGGACAGAGUCUGCAGUGCAGGGUCAUAUUAUCACCAUACUAGUGGAUGCUGGAGCAUUUAUACUAGUAGUCAGAAUGGUGAAUUUCUAUUUGUACACGUAUGUACACUCAAUGUACACUCAUCUCUUUAUGUACACUGUACAUUAUCUAUGAAGAUUUUAAAGCCAUACUGCUGCACUGAUGUGAUUGAUUGUGGUAAAAUUGUAUUGAUCUGAACUGUCCGUUUUAUUUCGUUUGUCCCAUGCAUAUUUUGUUGAUGCGCCUGUUUUGUGGUGCAGUUUUAGAGCGCACUGUAAACGAUUUAUUUACUGUACCCGAGUGUACCAUAUCAAAGGUUAGCAUAGAAUUAGAAUAGAUUUUAAAUGGUCUGCUGGUGGUCAUGGUGGUGUUCUGUGAUGCAAUCCAUAUUCAUUGAUUGAUUUAUUUCGUGUCUAGAAUUGUCAUCAUGAACUGCCAGAGUGGUGAUAUUGUAAUGAUCGGAGCUAUCCAUCUUUUUGCCUGUCCUAGACAUAUUUUGAUGAUGUACGUUUUUGUGGUGCAAAUCUAAUAGAGCACUUAAUUGAUUUAUUUACUGGACCAUAUCCCUGGUUUUAACUGGUAUUCACACAUGGUAAUUUUUCGGGAUACUAUUCAUAUUUUCAAUUCUCAUUUUUGUUGUAUUUGUAAAUUUUAAUUCAAAUCAUUUAUCACAUUGCUUGAUUCAUACUCCAUGUGGUGUAUUUUCACCGUCAUGUAUCGUAACACUAAAACUUAGUGUGAUUACACCUCGGGCAGCAUUUUGGCAAAAUCGAAUUCCAAAUUUGGCCACCAGGGCAGCAUGACAAGUAGGCCUACUUCACGUCCUCGGUCGGUGUACAUGUACCUGCAGGUGUUCUCAUUUGCCCCUGGCCAUUUGACUUAAUCUUUGCAAAUGGUCAUGUUAUUGACAAGGAUUUAUGUAGGUAGAAAAUUUUAUUUGUAUGGUCUCUUAUCAUGUAGUGCUACAGUGUCCCAGAAAGUUUCCCGCUACAAUUCUGCAAUAGGCCUUGAUGCUGACUAGGCACAGGAAGCAAUAAACUGCUUUACUCAGGGACAUAUUGAAGCAUGUGCUCAUAGGCUGAUAUUAGUCAUGUAACUGGUGUUGUAACAUUUACUUCUUCACCAAGCAUAAUUUCUGGGACACUCCGUAGUUUUAAAGUGCCCCUAAUGGGCCAGUUUUGUGUUAUCUACUUUGAA